AUGACUCUCAGGACACAUGGGCUGCCUGUGGGGCUGGUAACCUCUCUGGGACCCAGGGAGCAGGGGGCCACGGAGGUCCUGAAGAAGCUCUGCAGCGUGGAUGGCCUGAAAAUCGUGGUGCUCUGCAUGCACUCAGCGCUCCUGGGCGGCUCUGAGCAGACCGCCCUGCUGAGCCAGGCGUGGGCCCAGGGCCUGGCAGAUGGGGGGCUGGUCUUCCUGCCCUACCACACACUGCUCUUCGCCUUGCCCUACCGCAACCGCUCCUACCCGGCCCUGGGCGACGGCGGGCUCCUGCAGGAGGCCUACGAUGCGGUGCUGGCCGUCAGCUUGGAGUCCGGCUCUGGAGACAAGGCCUUCGAAGCUGCCGGGGCCACCAGAGAGGUGGCUGCCCGCCUGGAGCCAGAGCGGGUGUCCCCGCUCUUUGGAACCAUCUAUGAUGCUGUUGUCCUGCUGGCCCAUGCCCUGAACCGCUCUGAGAGCCAUGGGGCAGGACUCUCAGGGGCCCAUUUAGGGGACCACACAGGGUCUCUGGAUGUGGCUGGCUUUAGCCAGAGGAUCCGGACAGAUGAGAAGGGCAGGAGGCUGGCUCAGUACAUCAUUUUGGACACAGAUGGUCGGGGAAGCCGGCUGGUCCCCACCCACUUCCUGGGUACAAGUGAGCAGCCCCCAGGCGGCCUCCUCGCUCUGGCCCUGGCCUGUGUCCUGGUGCUGGCUGGCGGGGCCCUCACGUGCCUCAUCAGGUUGGGCGUCCAGCAACUGCAGCUCACGCAGGGCCCCCAGCGGGUCCUCCCGACAGCCCAGCAGCUCCCCUUCGUCCAUCGUCCCCCAAGCAGAAGGAGGCUGCACGUGGACAGUGCAAGUGAAUCAAGGAGUGCAGCGGAUGGUGGGAGCCUGCGGCCGGUGGCCCGGGCGUCAGCAGGGAGCCUGCCAGUCCCCCAGGAGCCCACCCGUGUGGCUCUGUACCAGGGAGAGUGGGUGUGGCUGAAGAAGUUUGAAGCUGACACAGCCCCUGAGCUGCAGCCAAGCUGCCUCAGUCUCCUGAGAAAGAUGCGGGAGCUGCAGCAUGAGAACAACGGCACCUUCCUGGGCUUCUUCGUGGCCCCUGGGGUCAGUGCUCUGGUGAUGGAGCACUGUGCCCGGGGCAGCCUGGAGGACCUGCUGCAGAAUGAGGCUCUGCGGCUGGACUGGACUUUCAAGGCCUCCCUGCUGCUGGAUUUGAUCCAUGGGGUGCGGUAUCUGCACCAUCGGCACUUCCCUCAUGGCCGCCUCAAGUCCCGAAACUGCGUGGUAGACGGGGGCUUUGUGCGGAAGAUCACUGAGCACGGUUAUGCGGAGCUCCUGGGUGCUCAGCGGGCUCCCCGCCCCCAGCCAGCCCCAGAAGAGCUGCUGUGGACGGCUCCAGAGCUGCCCCGGGGGCCCAGGGCACCCGGGCCGGGUACCCUCAAAGGAGGUAUCUUCAGCGUUGGCAUUAUCCUGCAGGAGGUACUGACUCGAGGCCUGCCCUACGGCUCUUCAUGGCUCUCAGCAGAGGCUGAGACCCUUUCCCUAGCCACACUCGAUGUUGGCGGGGAGGACCCAGGAAAAGAGCAAUGGUCCACUGGCCAGAUCCCAGGCCCACCCAUUACCACCAGCCCUCCUGGGGACCUCAGCCCCACUGCCCCGCCUGUGUUUGUUGCAGAAAUCAUCAGGAAGGCGGUGUCUCCCCCUCCCCUGUGCCGGCCCCUGGUGUCUCCUGACCACGGGCCACCUGAGUGCAUCCAGCUGAUGGAGCAGUGCUGGGAGGAGGCUCCAGAGGACAGACCCAACCUGGACCAGAUCUGCAGCCAGUUCAAAAGCAUCAACCAAGGCAAGAAGACCAGUGUUGCUGACUCUAUGCUGCGGAUGCUGGAGAAGCAUUCCCAGAACCUGGAGGACCUGAUCCAGGAGCGGACUGAGGAGCUGGAGCUGGAGAGACAGAAGACGGAAAGGUUGCUCUCGCAGAUGCUCCCAUUGUCCAUGAGUGAAGCUCUGAAAAUGGGAUUGACUGUGGAGCCAGAGUACUUUGACCACAUUGCCAUAUACUUCAGUGACAUUGUGGGCUUUACUACCAUCUCAGCCCUGAGUGAGCCCAUUGAGGUGGUGGGCUUGCUCAAUGACCUCUACACAUUGUUUGAUGCUGUUCAGGGCAACCAUGAUGUGUAUAAGCAUGAAGGCUGUGACUUCCAGGUGGAGACCAUCGGGGAUGCCUACAUGGUGGCAUUGGGGCUUCCCCAGCGCAACGGGAGCCGGCAUGUGGCUGAGAUUGCCAACAUGGCCUUGGACAUCCUCAGCUCUGUGGGCGACUUCCAGAUGAGGCAUGCGCCCACUGUGCCCAUUCGCAUCAGGGCUGGCCUGCACUCACCAUACAGAAUUCAUGUCAGCAGAAGCACCAUGCAGACACUGCUCAGCCUGGAUGAAGGCUACAAAAUUGAUACCAGAGGCCAGACUGAGCUAAAGGGGAAGGGCUUCGAGGAAACCUACUGGCUGGCGGGGAAAGCGGGCUUCCCCAGAUCCCUCCCCACACCUCUGGACAUGAAACCCGGGUGA